GGGAAGAUGAACAGCCCAGUGAGCUGGUGAAGGUAUGGUCCAGCGCUGAUGGCACACUCUGAGCUGUUUGUGACGAGAGCGCCCCCUGUGGACGUUAGAACCGCGGAGCUGAGUGCCCUGAGCUUCCUGGACUCGUUCGGGGACGACAACAGCACCGCCGAGAGAUGCUACCGCUCACACUCCCGCAGCAGCGUCCUCCAGGGCUUGCCGUUUGGAGGGGUUCCCACGGUCCUCGCCAUCAACGUGGUGCUCUGGAUGUUCCUGUUGCUCAUCUUCUCCUGUCUGAGGAAGGCUGCAUGGGACUAUGGCCGCCUGGCUCUGCUGAUGGAGAAUGACAGUCUCACAUCCCUCUUUUAUGGAGAACCAAGCGAGAAAGAGAAAUCUCCAUCAGAGUCCAGCCCCUCCGACUCUGAGACCAAGGACAUGGGCUUCUGCUCGUGGCUCUCAUCACUUUACCAUAUGAAGGAUGAAGAGAUCCGUAGCAAAUGUGGCAUCGACGCCGUCACGUACCUGUCCUUCCAGCGCCACAUCAUCCUGCUCAUGACCGUGGUUUGCCUGCUGUCUUUGGCCGUAAUCCUGCCGGUCAACUUUUCCGGGAACCUCCAGGGAGACAGUCCUGAGAACUUCGGAAGAACAACGCUGGCUAAUGUUAGCGCAAAGGACAGCUUCCUGUGGCUCCACAGCAUCUUGGCUCUGGUCUACUUCAUCAUCACGCUGCUGUGUAUGGCUCACCACUCCAUACAACUGGAGUACAGAGAGGACGAGAAGGUAGCCAGGACACUGAUGAUUACCUGCAUACCAAGAGAGAUCUCUGACCCAGGACUCAUCACCAAACACUUCCAUGAGGCCUACCCCAGCUGUACCGUCACGGAUAUCCGUUUCUGCUUUGAUGUCCACAAGCUGAUGAGGCUGGACUUAGAGAGGCGCAAGGCAAUGAAAGGGAGGCUGUAUUUUGCCACAAAGGCCCAAAAGGAGGGAAAGAUUGUGAUCAAGACCCAUCCAUGUGCUCAGAUAUUCUGCUGUGACAUCUGUGGCUUUGAAAAGGUGGAUGCAGAACAGUACUACAGCGAGUUGGAGGAAAAGCGAACAGAUGAGUUUAAUGCUGAGAAGAACCGCAUCACCAUGAAGAGGCUGGGCAUCGCCUUUGUGACUUUCCGUGAUGAGAGGAUGACUGCUGUCAUUGUGAAGGACUACAGUCGCGUGCACUGCCGUCGCAGACCCCAGCAGUCCAGCAUCACCACUGUGGUGCAGUCGCACAAAUGGGGGGUCAGCUACGCACCUGCACCCAGUGACAUCAUCUGGGAGAACCUGUCAGUGUGUGGAUCUCGCUGGUGGCUCCGCUGUGUCCUCCUCAACAUCCUCCUCUUCCUGCUGCUCUUCUUCCUCACCACUCCCGCCAUCAUCGUCAACACGAUGGACAAGUUCAACGUCACAAGGCCUGUGGAGAGUCUGCGGAGCCCAGUCAUUACCCAGUUCUUCCCGACCCUCCUGCUGUGGGCGUUUUCAGUGCUCCUGCCCUUCAUCGUCUACUACUCAGCCUUCUUUGAGUCCCACUGGACCAGGUCAGGUGAGAACCAGGUAACGAUGCACAAGUGCUUUUUGCUGCUGGUCUUCAUGGUCAUCCUCCUGCCCUCACUUGGUCUGUCCAGUUUGGACCUGUUCUUCACGUGGCUCUUUGAUGUCAACUUCCUGGAUGAGAAGGAUGUCAAAUUCCAGUGCGUGUUUCUUCCCGACAACGGUGCAUUCUUCGUGAACUACGUCAUUACAUCCAGUCUGAUUGGCACGUCUAUGGAGCUGCUUCGCAUCCCAGCGCUGACGGUGUAUGCCCUCCGCCUCUGCUUCGCCAAGUCCCAGGCGGAGCGCAUUCAUGUCAAACGGAGUCAGGCCUACGAGUUCCAGUUUGGCCUCGAGUACGCCUGGACCAUGUGUAUCUUUGCAGUCAGUAUGACCUACAGCAUCACAUGUCCCAUUAUUACACCCUUUGGUCUGCUCUACGUGAUCCUGAAGCACAUGGUUGACCGAUACAAUAUCUACUAUGCAUACGUCCCCACCAAACUCAACCAGCGCAUCCACCGGGCAGCCAUCAGUCAGGUCAUCGUGGCUCCCAUCCUCUGCAUGUUCUGGCUGCUCUUCUUCUCUGUGCUCAGAUUAGGUCCAGUGCAUCCCAUCACCCUCUUCACCUCAGUGUCCCUGCUCUCCUCUAUUGCCUUUUCCCUCUGCCGCUUGUGCCUUAGGAAGCAACCAGACAAGUCAACGAGCUACCAGAUGUCUGAUCAGCCAGCAGAGGGGACGUUCACUGAUGCAGACAGGAGCACUGUAACAUCCACCACUGCCUCCAGUCUGUUUGUGGCGUCCGUGCUGCUGGAGCCAGAGCUGGCUUUGACUCCCAUGCCCUCCCCGGCCCACCACAGCUACGGCGCCAUGGCCAGCUCCCAGAGUUCAGGCCACGGCCCGGUUGAGGAAGAGGAGAGCGAAGAAGACCACGCCCAGACCCAUGAGACUGAGCUCCAAGACCCCCCAGACAGCUACUGCGCCAGCCCACUCAUGGACAGCCCUGUGAGCUACCAGUAA